CACCUCCCGGGUGAGCAGCACAGCUAUGUGUCAGGACAGGGGCUGCUGCCACAGCUGUCUGCACUACGUCUUGGACUAUGAAACACCCAAAACACUGGUCAUCCAGAGCAAAGCAGUUGGCUUCGUCUUCAGAUUCACACAGCUUCUGGUCAUCCUGUAUGUGGUCGGGUAUGUGUGUGUGGUUCAGAAGGGCUACCAGGAGACCGACUCUGUCAUCAGCACCGUCACCACCAAAGUGAAAGGCUUUGCCUACAGCAACACAUCUGACCUGGAGCACCGUUUUUGGGACGUGGCUGAUUAUGUUAUCCCCCCUCAGGGUGAUCACUCAUUUUUUGUGUUGACUAAUAUCAUCGUCACUCCCAAUCAAACUCAGUCCCGCUGUCCUGAGCUUCCCACCCCGUCCUCCAUUUGCACCGCUGACUGUGACUGUACUGAGGGUCACAGUGAUCCUCGGAGCAACGGUAUUCAGACAGGAUUGUGUGUGAACUAUUCAGACACUCAGCAGACCUGUGAGGUGCUGUCGUGGUGUCCUCUUGAAAUAGACACUAAUCUACCAAAGCAUGCGAUGCUGGCUGCAGCAGAAAACUUCACCGUGCUGAUCAAAAACAGCGUGACAUACCCAAAGUUCAAGUUUCACAGACGAAACAUUAUGCCUCAGAUCAACUCAUCAUACUUGAGGAGGUGUGAAUUUAACCGCAUCACUGAUCCCGACUGUCCCAUAUUCCGCCUCAAGCACAUCGUUUCAGAGGCCGGAGAGGACUUUCAAAGCAUGGCUGUUAAGGGCGGCGUCCUUGGGAUUCUUAUUGACUGGAGCUGUGACCUGGACUGGUGGGCCGGUAAAUGUUACCCCAAGUACAGCUUCCAAAGGCUGGACAACAAAAACCCCAACAACAGUGUGGCCCCUGGAUACAACUUUAGGUUUGCAAGAUACUACAAAACGCCAGAUGGCGAGGAAACAAGAACCUUAAUUAAAGGCUAUGGGAUCCGGUUUGAUGUCAUUGUGUUUGGAACUGCAGGUAAAUUUGGCAUUGUACCAACCAUCGUGAACUUGGGUGCAGCACUUUCAUUCCUCAGUUUGGUGCCUGCAGUUUCUGACUGGGUUAUGCUGACAUGCGCAAGGAAAAAAGAUUUAUACAAUAAACACAAAGUCACAUAUUUGAAUGAGGACUCUGACUCUGAAUCAAUGGCCAUGGGCACAAGCUAUGGCACCCAGUAGGACAGUCACUUCUGGAAACAGUGAUACCUCCCUGCUAUGGAAAGCUGCUGUGUAAACAUCUUUAUUUGACAUGAACAGAAGCCAAUAAAAAUGCCAUUGAUCAGUUCAAGUGUCUGUUUAGUUGCUAUCACUAUAGGUGGCAGUGGCGCAAAUUUCCCUUAGACAUU